UGGCAAGGAAUGGGCAAAAUUGGUUAGUCCUUAUGAAAAACCAUUAAAAAUAUUAAGCAGUGGUUUCAGUUUGGGUACCAAUGGAUCAGUACUUACCGGUGAUGUUAUUGUUGUCAAAUCGUUUGAUGAACUAGAGCUUAGAUCGUGUGAAGUGAUGGGAAAGUUUGUUGUCUAUAAUUAUGAUUGGAUUAGUUUUCCGGAUGCAGUCAAAUAUCGUAAACUAGGUGCCAGUCUAGCUGAACAAUUAGGUGCUAUCGGUGCACUGAUACGAUCGGUAACACCGUUUUCAGGUGACGUACCGCACACUGGCUGUCUAUCCUACGAUAAUAAUACUAAUAGUUUACCGAAAAUACCGUCGGCUAGUAUUACGGUAGAAGAUGCCGAACUGUUUGGUCGAUUGGCCGCCCGUGGAGUCAACAUUACGGUCAGUCUGUCAAUGGAGGCCCGUAUUGAUGGUUCGGACGGUAUGUCCCGGAAUACUGUCAGCGAGAUUACCGGUUCAACCAAACCGGAUGAGAUAGUACUUGUAACGGGACAACUAGACUCAUGGGACGUAGGACAGGGAGCCAUGGAUAACGGAGGAGCGGCAUUCAUCGCGUGGCGGGCACUGUCGGUCAUCAAAAAACUCGGUUUGAGACCUAAACGUACGGUACGGUCGGUGCUGUGGACGGGCGAAGAAAUGGGUUACUACGGGGUUAAACAGUAUAGUCAGAAACACAUAAAUGAGUUAAACAAAAUCAGUGUAGCUAUGGAAUCGGUUAGCGGUACGUUCAAACCAACUGGCCUGACCUAUAGGGGCCAAAAUACGACCGCCAAGUGUAUACUAAAUGAAAUAUUGCAGUCCAUGAAACCAAUAAAUGCAACACAAUUGCUGAUCGACGACAACAUUGACGGUGCUCUAGAUAUUAGAUAUUUGAUGGAAAAAGAUAUACCCGGCCUAAGUCUGGACACACCUAACGACCAAUACUAUCGCUAUCAUCACUCGAUCGGCGACACUAUGCAAGUGCUGAACACCCGGGAACUGGACUUAUGUACAGCCGUAUGGACGGCCAUUGUCUAUGUGUUGGCCACAAUUGAUGAUCAAUUACCCAGAUAA